AUGGGGACCUGGCUCACCCUUGACAUUAUAAGUUAUUUAUUCCUGGACUUAAUAGGAAUUCCUGGCAAUCUUUUUAUUUUAUUUGCCUUCCUUCACACCUUCUAUUGUAAAGGUAAAGUAACCACUGGAGAAAUUAUCCUCAGCAAACUGGCACUGUCCAAUCUGCUGGUCAUUCUGACAUGGGGCAUACCAGUCACCCUGCAAUCUACUGGAACGUAUAUGGUGUUUGGUGACUUAUCUUGCCAGAUAAGCCUUUACCUUUACUGUGUAGGAAGAGCCAUGUCUGUCAGCAUUACCUCUUUGCUGGGAUGUUUUCAGUGUAUUUCCAUUACCCCGUUGCACCAAAGAUGGUCGAGAGUAAAGAGGAAGCUUCUGGAUCACCUAUUCACAGUAAUGCUGUUUCUCUGGGCUUUCAAUCUAAUCAUAAGUAGCACCCGGCUGACAUACUCUACAGCUUCUAUCAAGAACAUUACUUCUACAUACAUUAUGAGUUAUAGCUUCUGCUUUGUGGUCUUCCCAAAUUAUCUCCUCUACAUAGGUAAUGGGAUUAUCUAUGUUGUGCGUGACUUGUUCUUCUUGACUCUGAUGAUGUUGACCAGUGGUUAUCUUCUCUAUGUUUUCUACCAGCAUGGAAAGAAAGUAAAUUCUAUCCCAACUUCAAACACUAAGCAUGCUGAGAUCCAAGCAGCCAAAGCCAUCUUUACUUUGGUCAUGAUGUAUAUUGUAAGCUUUGGAUUAGAUAAUUUCUUUUGGAUUCUCACUCUCUGCACUUUUACUCUUUCUCCCCGAUUUACUGAUGCUCGAAUAUUUUUUGAUUCCUGUUACUCUGCUAUAAGCCCUAUUGUAAUCAUCUCAACCAACAAGAAAAUCCAAAAGGGCCUUCAGUGCACACGGAAAAGAAGAGACCUUCAAGCAGUGAAGACUAUAUCUAAUCAUGUAUCUAGGAAGAAGUCCUAG